UACGAACUGUGAGACAGAUCGAAUGGUUCGAUAGAUCGGCAGCGUAACCCUACGCACAACAACCCACAUCGAGAUCAGUUGUGGGUGGGGGGCCGAUUUCAAUGAGUCAAUUUUUUUGCAAUCAUGCUCUCUUGCGGGAGCUCGUGUGGUCGAAUAAGUUGGAAGGCUGAUUCCAACCUUCAUUAUUGGCAAAGCUCGACAGGCUAAGUUGGGGUGGGGAGAGUGUUUUUUUUCUGUUUACAGCGGCGACGCUUGCGAGAAAUGUAAUCGUUAUCGUCGUCGUCACGAACAUUGUAUGUGUGUGGGUUUGUGUGAGAGAGAGGGAGAAAGAGAGUGAGAGUGCAUGUUUAUUGAGAAUUGGGGCUUGAAGUGCGAGACUGGGAGUGACUUGGAGCUUGAACUCGAAGUGGCAGUAGCAGUGGGAGGUUUUUGCAACUCGUCACUACGGCGUAAGGAGGGCUUCAGGGUGUGAGAGAGCAAGCUUACGUGGUCGCAAUCCCAAUGCAGGUUUUAACAGUUUCGCGAGGACCUCAUCGCAUUUUGGGGCUAUGAGACGGCUCAAGCGAAGGAGCAGUGAGGGCGAGGCUGGAUCUCGUUGAGAUGCGACGGGGUUUUCAGAAAUGCGAGUAGGCAUUCAGUGAUUUGAUUGUUGUUGCCUCGGGGAGGGGGAAAUGUGGCAUUUGUAGGGGUUUGGGAGUUCGCGAGGAUGAAUUCCGGUGUGAGAUAGCUUAAGGGGGGUGGGACAUAUUCACGUCCCGGCGGCGUCGAGGAAGGGUCAUCAUCUUCUGCUUAUGCCGUGGAAGGAUCAAUCGAGAAACGGCGCUGCUGAUACGAAAGACACAAGCAGGGAGACAUGGCGAAGCACGCAUCCGUCUCCCCGAGUUUAGGUUCCCAAGUGCGUAUACCGCAGCGUUAUAUCACGGUGCUGUUAACGUUCGUUUGUACCUGUGUGUGUUACAUCGAGAGAGUGGGAUUCUCGGUGGCGUACACAGCGGCUGCUAACGAGGCCGGGGUAGGGGAGGCAGUCAAGGGUCAAAUUUUGUCCACUUUCUUCUAUGGGUACGCACUCUCGCAGGUGCCUGGCGGGUGGGCUGCGCAGCGAUGGGGAGGACGGAGGGUCUUACUAAUGUCGUUUGUUUUGUGGUCUUGCACUUCCGCCCUUACCCCUACGGAAGCCUCCUCCGUGACGGGUAUGGUAGUGGCGAGGCUGCUCGUGGGUGUGGCUCAGGGUUUCAUUUUCCCGUCCAUACACACAGUGCUAGCGCAGUGGGUGCCACCCCACGAAAGAUCGCGGUCGGUCUCGCUCACCACCUCAGGUAUGUACUUCGGCGCUGCAGCUGGGAUGCUGUUCCUUCCUGGCCUGGUUGCAAUGCAAGGCCCUAAGGCUGUGUUCCGUGCCGAAGCACUAAUGGGCGUCUCAUGGGCACUGCUGUGGCUCAAAUAUUCCUGCGACCCGCCUCGGUCGGAGCUCCCAAAAGCAUCUGCCGCAGGAUUUGGCGCUUCGACGGCCUUUGAGCGCGCAAAGCUGCUGAAUCCUGCGCAACUCGCAGAUGAAAAUGGCGAAACCGCGGUAAAGAAGAAGGCGAAACUCAGCGGAGGCAUACCUUGGAAGCGGAUUCUCUUGAGCAUGCCAGUCUGGGCCAUAGUUGUGAACAAUUUCACCUUCCAUUACGCGCUCUACGUGCUGAUGAACUGGUUACCGACGUAUUUUGAGAAAGGUCUAAACGUGAGCCUCCACAACAUGGGAUUCUCGAAGAUGCUACCGUACCUUGUGAUGUUCAUCUUUUCCAACGUGGGUGGCAUCGUGGCUGACCAUUUUGUAACCACCCGGAUCUUUUCUGUGACAAAUACUCGCAAGCUUCUCAACUCCAUUGGGUUUGCCACCGCUGCCGCGGCGCUCAUGGUGAUGCCUACAUUGCGGUCCACAUCCAGCGCAGUCCUCUGCUCUUCGGUGGCACUGGGCGCUUGUGCACUGUCCAGGGCGGGGUUCGCUGUCAACCAUUUGGACAUUGCCCCGAAGUACGCUGGCAUUGUGAUGGGUGUGUCCAACACCGCAGGUACAUUGGCUGGUAUUGUGGGCGUCGCAGCUACUGGCCGCAUUUUAGAAGCCUCGGAACUGGGCCCCUCUGAUCCCAGCAGCUGGUUCAUGGUGUUCGCGACUCCGGCCUUGCUGUCUGUGAUCAGCGCUCUUUUCUUCAUUGGAUUUGCCACUGGCGAGAGAAUUUUUGAUUAGCUUUUAGUUCCAUUCUGUUAGAUAGCUGCGGCCCAGGUUGUUGCAACCUGUAGCCAAUCAUUUUUUUGGCUUCGUAUUAAUUAGCCAUUGCCAUAGCCUUUGACCCACUGACAUAAACAUUGUAGAGGCAGACAUUUCUGUGCAGAGCAGGUUCAUCAGGAGCCGGACUUUGUGUUGCGCUGUAUUAGGGGCUCAGCAUCACAGUCCGCACUUUGCAGGCUUAGCCUUCCGGAUGUUCUUGGUCACGUCAAGGCCUCUAGAAUGCGUAUUUAUUUUGAAUGGAUUUUAAAAUUCCACACAGAACUUGAUAUCAAUCAACUUGAGAUUAUUUUUCCAAUUUC